AUGUAUAAAUCCAAACGAACCCAAUAUGGAGGAUCAACUGCCAGUACUUUGGAUCUCUUACAAAUGCAAGAUUGUCUCUUUUGUCAAUAAUCUCAGAAAUUUUGUUCUCUCAUCACAAGAGCUCUAUAUAUCAAAUACUCAGCCAGCCAGAAUUAUUACUAUCAAAAGGAUAUUAAUAUAAUACUUUUGCAAUAACGAUCUAAACAAUAUACUGCUUAUAAAGAAUGGACUUAUUAUGAUUCUAAUGAAUAUUUAAAAAGAUUCUACACUAUAAAUGAUACAAAACAAAAAACUAUUGUAUUAACCGAAUAUUAUAAAGUAAAUACUUUCAAAACUAUACUGAAUAGUUUCAUCGAGAUAUUCCACGCCUUUUUAUGUUACCUAUAGCUACAACAUUAUCUAAAUAUCAUGAUAAACGUCGCAGAAUAGAAUAUAUCAGAAUAUCUAGGAUGCUUGGAGGUCAUGUUGAAUAACCAACAACAACAUAAAAUUCUAUCUAAACUGUAUUAAUUGAAUAUUCACAUUAACUUAGUCAUUGCAAAAUCUUUUGGGUUAGUUGAAUUUCACUAAACAAGAAUAAUCAAAUACAUUGAUUGAAAUAUAAAAAAAUUUAAAAGAAGCAAUAAAUACAUCUAAAAACACUUUAAAAGACUUUGAUUCUUGUAAAUACAAUCUACCUUUAUAACAAAAAAAUUCUGAUUAUUACAAUAAAUCAAAAUUAGAUCAUAAAUCUGAUACUAAUAGUAGAUUAGAAUUUAAAGAAAAUUUAAAUGAACUUUUUUAAAGAAAAAAACCUCUUAAAAAUUCAGCUAUUUAAACAUAAAGAGAGAUUUCACAACCCAAAGUUUAUAGCACUGAAAAAAAUUGUAAAUAAUAAAUUCAAUAGAUUCCACUUACUUAAAGAAAUAUCAAUAAUACAAAAUAAUCAAUAUCUCCUAGACCUACAACAUAAAGAUCUAUUAAACCUUAAAUUAUGCAAUUAUUAAAACCUGGCCAUAAUAAUAAUAAUAAGUUAAAGGCUACCAAUAUUAUAUUAGAAUGUCUAAUGAGAAAAUUAAAUCUAGAUCAAAAAGUUCUCACUAAAUAAAAAUCUAAAUCUCCUAAUAAUCCUUCUAAUCAACAGGCAAAAAGAAAGAGAAGAGUGAUGAGCAUUAAUUAAGAAGUCUCAAAAAUAGAUUUGACUUAAUUAAAAUAAAAAUAAUCAUAGUUAUUGUAGAGUAAAUUUGAUUAAAAUAAUAUUAAUAAAGGAUAUAAAACAGGAAGAGCAUCAGCAAUGGCUUGA